AGGAGUAAGACGUGGGAGGGACGGCGGGGGCACAGGUGACGUUCUCUGCCGUCAGCGUUCCAGGCACACAGAAUUUCAGGCACACAGCCGCAGUCGGCCACGCGCGCCUCCGGGAGCGAGGAUGCCGAGGCCGGUGGUCUUCUGUCAUCUGUCUACCUACAGCCUGGUUUGGGGUAUGGCAGCAGUGAUGCUGUGCACAGCACAAGUGGUGACCCAGGAUGAAAGAGAGCAGCUGAAUACGCCUGCUUCCUUAAGAUGCUCUCUGCAAACUACCUACGAAGUCCUGAUUGUGACAUGGCAGAAAAAGAAAGCUGUAAGCCCAGAAAACAUAGCCACCUUCAGCAACAGCUAUGGGGUGGUGGUCCAGCCUGCCUAUAAGGACAAGUUGAACAUUACCCAGCUGGGACUCCAAAACUCAACCAUCACCAUCUGGAAUACCACCCUGGAGGAUGAAGGGUGUUACAUGUGUCUCUUCAAUACCUUUGGUUAUGGGAAGAUCUCAGGAACAGCCUGCCUCACCCUCUAUGUACAGCCCACAGUAUCCCUUCACUACAAAUUCUCUGAAGACCACCUAAAUAUCACUUGCUCUGCCACUGCCCGCCCAGCCCCCGUGAUCUCCUGGAAGGUUCCUCGGUCAGGGAUUGAAAAUAGUACAGAGACUGUGUCUCACCCAAAUGGGACCACAUCUGUUACUAGCAUCCUCCAGGUCAAAGACCCUAAGAAUCAGGUGGGGAAGGAGGUGAUCUGCCAGGUGCUGCACCUGGGGACUGUGACCGACUUUAAACAAACCUUCAACAAAGGCUAUUGGUUUUCAGUUCCACUAUUGUUAAGCAUUGUUUCCCUGGUAAUUCUUCUGGUCCUAAUCUCAAUCUUAUUGUACUGGAAACGUCACCGGAAUCAGGACCGAGAACCCUAAAUGAGUCACACAUGACCCUGAAAGUGAUUCCCUGGUCUACUUGAAUUUGACACAAGAGGAAAGCAGGAGGAAAAGGGACCAUUCUCCAAAGGACCUGAAAGAGGAUAAGAGGUGGGAGCGAAAGCCUUAAGGGAUCCUGCCACUUUCUACUGCCAUCUGAGCUACUCAGUGUUUGAGUUCCAAGAGGAAGUCAUUUUACCUCUCCAGUCUGUUGUAGGACUUGAUUUUGUAAAGCAGUGCCAUGUUAUGUGGUUGAAAGGGCACUGCACUUAAUAUCAGGAGCGCUGAGCUCAUAGACUGACUUGGGCUCCUACUGGUGGGGACCUCUGUUAGUCACUUUACCUCAUCCGAAGUAUAAAGGUGUUGGACCAGAUAAUUUACUGUGUAGCUCUAAAACUUAACUUAAAACAUAAUUGCAGAAAGAAAAAAAAAAGAAUAAGCAAAGGAGGAAGAAGUGAAAGAGAGAAGAAAGAAUACAGAAAGGUCCAAAGAACUUUUCUGAGAUUAUCUUUUGCCUUUCUGUUGAGGUUACAUCUCUUCUUCCCUUGUUCUUGGUCUGUGAGGCUGUUUUCCCUUAUUUGGUUUCAUUUAGGAGGCAAAUUAUGAGCAUACCUUCCCCUUGUUCUAAACAUACUGUUCCAGCUCUUUUAUUGAAUCUAGUUCACUUCCUGCUUACUGUUUUGCUAAUAGCUGACUUUGCUAGAAUCCUUGGUUUCACUGCUAUUCUUCAUGUGCUUCUCUGAAAUUUACUCCAACAAAUAUAGGACUGAAUUUAUUGUGGAAUAAUAUUGGCAAUCUUAACUUACUCAUUUAACUUAUCUAUUUUUAUAGCAAGAUAAAUAUUGUUAGUCUUAGACAAUAGCUCACAUUUUUUGAGAAGCAUGCUUUCCCUUUCCAUUUAUCGUAUAACAUGACCCAGCCCUACUGUAGGUCAUUCAAAAGUCAGCCUCGCAUAAUGAAAAUAUAUUAUGAAAACAGAUGUUGAGAUUUCCUGUACAGCAGUCAGCCAGUUCAUAUGCUUUGCCUCUGCUGGCUUCUUUUACCGUGAAUUAACUUUUCACAAUAGCAGCAGAGGCAAAUAUGGACAUACAUUUCCUUUGUUCUAAAGAUACUGUUCCAGCUCUUGGAAUAAUAUUGAAUCUAAAAACCGUACGACCAAAUUAGUUGCUUUUUCAGUAUGUUUUGCUUCAUCUGUGUCUAUCCUAGGAAUUAAAGUGUAAGUUGUUUUCACUGUUGAACUGGAUAUUUAUAUAUUUAGCCAGAUUUUCAUGUGUUAUUUAAUUCUGUAUUGUUUCUUAUAUUUGUAGUAAAAUAUUGAACAAUUAAAAGUGUUGACUCCAA